CACAAGGUGAAAGUUGUGUUGCAUUGAAGAACUAUUUGAUUUGGUAAUCCAACAAUGGCUGGCGGUGGAAUUGCUCAUGCAUCUACCAAGGAAUAUCCCGGAAAACUUACUGGAUAUGUCAUUGUUACUUGCAUGGUGGCUGCCAUGGGUGGUCUGAUUUUUGGUUAUGAUAUCGGGAUUUCAGGGGGUGUGACUUCAAUGGAUACCUUCUUGGAAAGGUUUUUUCCGGAUGUUUAUAGAAAGCAGAGCCUGGAUUCUUCCACGAAUCAGUACUGUAAGUUUAACAGCGAAACUCUAACCAUGUUUACGUCUUCGUUGUACUUGGCCGCCCUGGUUUCCUCCAUGGUUGCCUCGUAUGUCACCAGAAAAUUGGGGCGGAGGACUUCCAUGAUGGCCGGAGGUUUCAUCUUCUGCAUCGGAGCUCUCCUCAACGGCUUCGCUCAAGCUCUUUGGAUGUUGAUCGUUGGCCGUGUUUUGCUGGGUUUUGGCAUUGGAUUUGCCAAUCAGUCUGUUCCACUUUAUUUAUCUGAGAUGGCGCCAUCAAAAUACAGAGGAGCACUCAACAUUGGCUUCCAGCUUUUCAUCACAGUGGGGAUCUUAAUAGCCAAUGUGGCCAACUAUUUCUUCGCCAAGAUCUCGUGGGGGUGGCGACUGAGCUUGGGCGGCGCGGUGGUUCCUGCUCUCAUCAUCACAAUCGGUUCCAUCUUCCUCCCGGACACCCCAAACUCCAUGAUUGAGCGUGGGAACCACGGCGAAGCCAAAUCCAGGUUGAGAAGAAUCAGGGGAGUAGACAACGUGGACGAAGAGUUCAACGACUUGGUUGCUGCUAGCUAUGCUUCUAACCAAAUCAAGCAUCCAUGGACAAACCUCGUGAAAAGGAAGUAUAGGCCCCAGUUCGUAAUGUCAAUGAUGAUUCCAUUCUUCCAGCAACUCACUGGCAUCAAUGUCAUCAUGUUCUAUGCCCCGGUCUUGUUCAAAACCAUUGGGUUUGGAAGCAAUGCUUCUCUUGUAUCUUCUGUGAUUACCGGUGUCGUUAACGUUCUCGCCACUUUUGUUUCGGUUGGGUUUGUUGAUAAAGCUGGGAGAAGGUUCUUCUUCCUUCUAGGUGGCAUUCAAAUGCUUAUUUGCCAGAUUAUUGUUACAGUUUGCAUUGGGGUGAAAUUUGGAACCAGUGGAAAUCCUGGGGAUUUGCCCAAAUGGUUUGCUGCAGUGGUGGUGACUUUCAUCUGCACAUACGUUGCUGGAUUUGCAUGGUCGUGGGGGCCUUUGGGUUGGCUCGUGCCCAGUGAAAUAUUCCCGUUGGAGAUCCGAUCAGCGGCUCAGAGCAUCAACGUCUCUGUCAACAUGAUCUUCACCUUUUUCGUCGCUCAAGUCUUCCUCAACAUGCUGUGUCACUUAAAGUUUGGAUUGUUCAUCUUCUUCGCCUGUUUCGUGGUUGCCAUGACUGUGUUUGUAUACUUCCUGGUGCCGGAGACGAAGAACAUUCCUAUUGAAGACAUGAGUGUUGUCUGGAAACACCAUUGGUUCUGGAAAAAGUACACUGCCCAAGUUGAUUAUCCAAGAAAUUCAACGCUAGAUAUUGAGAUUGUUUAGUAGCAUAGAUAUAUUAUUUUUUCUUUUUUGUAGUUAGCAAAUAUUUUCUAUACUGAUGUA